AUGCCCGCUGAACGCCCCCUCAAGCGAGGUGCUCGCACGCGUGUCAGCUCGGAAGACGGGAAGGUCCAGUGCAUGUACUGCACGAAGAUGUUUGAUGCGAAGGCGAAGGGAGCGAAGGCAACUCACAUCAACGCGUGUAGGCGAAAGCACGAGGAGGAGGAGGGGAGUAAGAUUUACGAGGAGCGUCUUUCCAAGAGCAAGCGCAAAGAAAAAAAACGAGCUCACCGUGAGCUGGCCGCUAUUGCUGAGUCAGCGUCUUCGUUUCAUGGUCCCAACCUCGCAUCGGAUUACGAUGCGGACAGUUUCUCUCAGUACAUGGAGAUCGCAGCGACCGAACCUGGUUUCCAGGCUUUCGACGAUCAACCUAUCGACGAUCAGCUCGACGGACAGAAUGCAGGUGAUCAAGGAUCAGACAAAUAUUGGAUGCGCUCAGACUCGCUCUUGAGUUCAAACACACAGUCUUCCAUGGCAGACUCGGGACGCGUAUCACCCCCACCCAUAUCAGUAAACUUCUCGUCGAAUCGGUCACGCGGUAAUCCUAAGGAAUUCAAGACCGAGUACCAGCCCAAGAGCCGACGGGCCGAGUCAGCUCGCUACGACUCGUACGAGACCUUCCGUUCCCGUUCGUACGUACCCGAGGCCAAAGAAGACGCCAAACCCUGGUUCCCUUUCCGAUCCAGAGGAGAUAGCGAAUUCGCUUCGAUUGCUAUAGACGCCAACCUAUCCGACUCUCUCGUCAACCGACUUCUCUCGCUCAUCAACGACGCGAUCGAGAAGAAGAAGGAGAUCACGAUGAAAAACGCUCAAGAGCUACGGAACGUUUGCGAUGAAGCGGCAAAGGAAUUCACGCCUUUCCAGGAGUAUCCCAUCAAUCUCGAAUACAAGAAGAAGGAGGAAAUCGAGCUCAACUUCAUGGGGCGAGACCUGUGGGACUGGAGCCUCGAUCUGCUCCACAAUGAACAGCUUAUUCCUCACUUUGUGUGGGAUGCUCAACGUGUACAUAAGCACAACGGAAAAUCAGGCCCCGAGAGCGACUACAUACGGUUCAUUGACGAACCUUGGACCGCCGAUCGAUGGUGGGAUAUCCAGGAUUCUCUGCCACAGUACCCAGACGCUCCAUCGGCACCCCUCGCAUACGUCUUCUACGCCGACAAGACCCGCUUGUCAAGCGCCGGAAACGUGCAAGGGUACCCGAUCGUCGCGAGGUGUGCCAACCUCCCCGUUGAUAUUCGGAAUGGCCAAGGCGUUGGAGGUGGUUGGGUUGUGGGGUGGCUACCGUUCCUUCCAGAAGACGCCGAGAAAGAACGAACGUUAAGCUGGACAACACUGAAGCGUGUCACCGGCUUCUAUUUUUCUGGCUGUUUUGACGGCAUUCCCCGGUGGCUAUUUCUAGUCAUCCUCAUCCUGUCUGCCGAUUACGAGGAACAAUGUGUCAUGGCAUUGAUCCGCGGAGCGAUGGCCAAUUUCCCGUGCCCGAUCUGCUUGGUUGCCGAGGGUCUUUAUGCUGACCUUAAGUCAGACAAUCGGUCUAAGAAAAAGAAAGCCAAGGAACGGCUCGAGAGCGAGAGCUGGCGGCCUGUCAAGAAUGCUUUCUGGAUGCUUCGCAGCUCCGACCCAGCCGAUGCAGUAUCGGUCGACCAUCUACACGCUUUCCACCAUGGUGUAUACGGAAAGCACAUCCAUCCAGAACUUAUCAAGAUUCUUGGCAGCUUCGAUAACAGUCGCGAGUAUCUCAGCAUACUAGACAAUCAAUUCUCCCAACUCCCGAGUUGGCGCGGCCUUGCUCACUUCAGCGGGGUCAGCACCGUCUCCUUCAGCGAUGGAAAUAAAUUCCGAGACAUCUCUCGGCAAAUGCUUUUCGCUGCUCAUAACGUCAUCCCCCGACCCAUAUCACCCGAAUUCCACGCAUUGCUCUGUUUACUCAGUAGUUACCUCGAGAUCGACUCGUACUUUGGGCUUGAGGUUCAAACCGACGAGACGCUUGCAGCUCUAGACAAGGAAGUCGAACGCUAUGGACGACUCUUAGAUGUAUACAUCGAGGUCGCGAAGGCUGCAAAAUUGCGGAUCGAGGAUAUCAAGACCAACUGGAACUUUCCAAAAAACCACGCCAUCCUCAAGCACGCUGUCGAGGACCUCCACCGAAAGGGUGUCAGCCGGAACUCAACAACAAGGAUUAAUGAGGGUAUACACCUGCCCUUCAAGAGAUCGUAUUUCCUUCGGUGUAACGGUAAGAAGGUCGAAAAGCAGAUCCUCCGGGUCGAGGACCAUCGGCUUGCCGUGUCCAUCGUCGAGGACAGAAUUCAAGCUCAAGAUAAGCGACUCAAGGCUCGCUCAUUGGUAUCUGACCAUCACGACGACUGGCUCGGUCCAGCGUUUGAGGGUCACUUCCAUGUCGGCUCGCCUUCCCCACCUCAAACUGUGAAAGACCUCGUUAGCUCCCAUCGCUCCUCCGACCGAGCAUACAUCAACUUCCGCAAGUCACUCAAGAUAUUCAUUAACGAGGUCUGCCUUCCGGAUCGCAGCUAUAUGGGUCCACCCGUUACGGUUCGCGACCACUUCAUAAUUCAGGAGUACCGCUAUCUCAAGAUAAACUAUGAGUCGAUGGAGACCUGGAAGAUGUGCACGGAUCUCCUCCGGUGCACCCCCAGUUUCUACGAUAAGCCACGGUACGACUGUGCGAUCGUUCACCUCGACGAUGAACCAGACGUAUAUGGUAUUGUUCGCUUGAUCACUUCUUUCAAAUUUACCAUCCCCGAGCUCGGCGCAAACAGCUCUCCUUUCCAUGCUGUUCUUGUGCAGCCGUAUACCUCCGCAGUGGAGAAAGGCUCUCGCACUCGCCGUUUAGAUACUGACCUUGGAUUUCUUCGAGUCAAGGCUCAACCCCGCUCCGACGCUUUCAUGAUCCCCAUCAAAUCUAUCAUACGGGGCGCCCUCCUUUUCCCCGAUUUCCGCCGACCUGACGAGUUCCUUGUGAACGACUACAUCGACGGUGACAUGUUUAUUCGCAUGAAAGACCCCAAGUGGAUUGGAAUACAAUAG